CCAUCUCAUUUUAUAGCUUGCUAUACAAGCUUCUGCUUUCUUCACCGAAAACCCUAACUUCAAUCUCUCUCUCAGAUUCUCCAACAACUCUCUUUCCAUAAGAAUAAUAAUUGAAUCCAUGAUUUCUCAUCCUUAAUCAUUUACUAUCGCUUUCAGUUCGUUUUGAUGCUUUAACGCAUUCCUUAACUAACGCCAUUAUCGUCUUUAUCUACUUUUGCUUUCUUUUAUUUCACUCUUUCUUAUUAUUCCAUUUGCCUCUUCCUCAUUUUCUAUUCUCUAAUUUGAAACCUAAAAUAAUGGGGAAUUGUUUCUUUAAGUCAAAGAAACCCACGGCGGAGAUCGCCCCCUGCGAUUGCACCAGGCGUUUUAGGCCUGCUCCGGUGGCACCCACCGUCCGCUUGUACGGUUCUGCUUCGAGUCCAGUCGCCGCCUACAUCAGGUUCGCAUUGCUUCACAAGAACGUGUCCCUGCAGUUGGUUCCCACCGAGGGCGACACACUUGCGCUGGAGAUCGGGCCCGAAACGGUGUCGGGUCACCGGGAGACGCUGCUACAGUUCAUAGAGGAGAAGUUCCCGCACCCGCCGCUGAGGUUUGAUUUGGUAGAGAGGACGCCGUUGGUGGUUAAGGUAACGCGGUUGCAGCACAGGAGCAUUACAUGGCACCUGGAGAGGAUGGUGAGGUGGGUGGAGGAUUUACGGACGCGUGGGAAAAGGAAGACGGUAGAUCCGGCGGUGGGAAGUCCGAGGAUGGAGCUGAAAAAGUUGGAGAAGAAUUACGCUCAAUUGCUGGAGGUGAUGUUGGAGCAUGCUCAGAUGGAGGAGAGAAUCGUCUUUCCCCUGCUCCAAAGAGCAGAUCCAGGACUAUGUAAAGCUGCAAACGAGGAACAUGCAAGGGACCUACCGGUUAUGAAUGGCAUCAAAGAAGACAUGAAAUCCAUCGGAGUUAUGGAUUACGGGACCCCUGCCAGCAAGGAAGGCCUCUCCAAUCUUUCCACCCGCCUCAAAUCAUUACAGAAACACUGUAAAGAACAUUUUGAUGAGGAGGAGAAAGAUGUACUGCCAUUGUUAGAGGCAACGGAGCUGAGUGGAGAAGAAGAAAAGAGGGUAUUUGAAGAUUGCAUUGAGGCGAUGAAGGUAACUCAUUCACAUUUAUUUAACUUUUUCCUGGAAGGCCUACUACCAUCAGAAGCUAUGGACUAUGUGGACUUGAUCAUGAAAUGCGGUGACAAACAACUAAGAGCCUCUAUGAUUCAGAUUAUUUCCAAUGCCAAGUAACACUUGUGAUGUUACCUCUAAAGUCUAAUGAGUGGAAAAGCAUACAUACAUACACAUGUCAAAUACAAGACUGUAAAUACAGAAAUGUCUGCGUGCAAACAAAAAAAUGGGUUAGUUCGGCUGUGCCAUAUGUACCUUUUGGAGAUAUUAGAUGGAUAAAAAUCAAUAUUUGUAUCUAUAUAAACUAAUAAAAGUAAGAUGCAAAUGUAAAAGUGUUGUAAUGUAGAAAUGUUAUACUCCUGGUGCGGUAUAGCGGCUGUGGGUUUGUUUUAUA